AAUUAAAAAGAAAACAAUUCUCCACGCCAAACACGAAUAAACCCUUUUUGUUCUCACAACAGUCCCUUUCAUCCUCCAUUUAUAUACUACUCCAACAGGGAGAAAGCGUAGAAGCAAGCACAGCAGAUUCCAGGAGGUGUCCUUUUUGCUUUAGCUGGAUAAAUCCAUUUGCUUGGUUUAAGUAGUUUAACCAUGUCGAACAUAGACAUUGAGGGGAUCUUGAAGGACCUUCCUAAUGAUGGGCGUAUUCCAAAAACAAAGAUUGUAUGCACUCUGGGACCCGCUUCUCGGUCAGUAGUCAUGUGUGAGAAACUACUUCGGGCAGGGAUGAAUGUUGCCCGGUUCAACUUCUCACAUGGGACCCACGAGUAUCAUCAAGAGACUUUGGAUAAUCUUCGAAUUGCCAUGCAAAAUACUCAGAUCUUGUGUGCAGUGAUGCUUGAUACCAAGGGUCCCGAGAUUCGAACUGGAUUCUUAAAGAAUGAGAAGCCCGUUCAACUAAAGGAAGGUCGCGAGAUCACAAUAAGCACAGAUUACACCAUUAAAGGAGACGAAGAAACCAUAUCCAUGAGCUACAAGAAACUCCCAGUCGACUUAAAACCAGGAAACACAAUCUUAUGUGCAGAUGGAACCAUCACCCUAACAGUCAUAUCCUGUGAUCCCGCAUCUGGAACCGUUAGAUGUCGAUGCGAGAACACCGCGAUGUUAGGUGAGAGAAAAAACGUGAAUCUCCCCGGUGUAGUAGUCGAUCUCCCAACACUAACUGAAAAAGAUCAAGAAGAUAUCCUCCAAUGGGGUGUCCCCAACAACAUCGACAUGAUUGCGCUUUCUUUUGUGCGAAAAGGAUCUGAUCUUGUCAAUGUCCGCAAAGUCCUGGGCCCACAUGCCAAAAAUAUCCAGUUGAUGUCAAAGGUUGAGAAUCAGGAAGGAGUGAUAAACUUUGAUGAAAUCCUCCGUGAAACUGACUCCUUCAUGGUUGCACGUGGUGACCUCGGAAUGGAAAUCCCAGUUGAAAAAAUCUUCUUAGCCCAAAAAAUGAUGAUCUACAAAUGCAACCUCGCGGGAAAACCCGUAGUAACCGCAACCCAAAUGCUCGAGUCCAUGAUCAAAUCCCCCCGCCCGACUCGCGCCGAAGCCACCGACGUCGCCAACGCGGUCCUCGACGGGACCGACUGCGUGAUGCUGAGCGGCGAAUCCGCCGCCGGCGCGUACCCCGAGAUCGCGGUCAAAACCAUGGCCCGCAUCUGCAUCGAAGCCGAAUCAUCUCUCGACUACUCACUCAUCUUCAAGGAAAUGAUAAAGUCAACCCCGUUGCCCAUGAGCCCUCUUGAAUCCCUUGCAUCGUCUGCGGUUCGAACCGCGAACAAAGCGAAGGCGAAGUUGAUUGUGGUUUUGACGCGCGGUGGGACCACGGCUAAGUUGGUGGCCAAGUAUAGGCCUGCGGUUCCGAUUUUGUCGGUUGUGGUCCCGGUGCUUUCGACGGACUCGUUUGAUUGGACGUGUAGUGAUGAGACGCCAGCUAGGCAUAGUUUGGUUUACCGGGGUUUAAUUCCGCUUUUGGCUGAGGGGUCCGCUAAGGCAACUGAUGCGGAGUCGACGGAGGUGAUUUUGGAGGCGGCUUUGAAGUCGGCGACUGCUAAAGGGUUGUGUAAGAAGGGUGAUGCGGUGGUGGCGCUUCAUCGGAUUGGUGCUGCUUCUGUUAUCAAGAUCUGUAUUGUUAAGUAAUGGUCGUGGUUGUUGGUUAGGAAGUUACUUUUGUUGGAAAAUCGGAUGGUUUUUGUUGUUAAGGAUGUUUUGAGUUUGUGAUUUGGAUCGUAUGUGACCAAAUAGACCUGUUUGAAUAAAAACUCUUGAGAAAUUGUUGUGUUACAA